AUGACGAGUAUAAAGCAACAAGAACCUUGUUUCCGAAUCUAUUUAGGGAAGAGUAAUUGGGUGAAUCUCAAUUCUAAAAUCACGGCUGAUCUUAUUACUAUUUUUGAAAAAGGUGUUCCAGCUCGUUAUACUUUGGCACCUGGCCUUCAGAUUGAUAUUUUACCAAAUGAUGUUGAUUGCAAUAGUAAAACAACGGAAGUACCCAAUUUAAUGCGUGCCGAUCUUUGCUAUGAUAUUGACGACAAUAAACAAGAUAAUCCUUCAUCAUCUAUCACUCCUCCUAUGAAAACUUUUGCUGAACGUCAAGAAGCUGUACAACAAGCCCUCUCUCGAUUUAUCAAGAAUGAAUUGGAAAGUCAGGGUAUCAUUGAUGCAUUCCCUCCUACUGAUCGUGAUGCUCCUUUACCACAUGUCUCAACUUUGGCUACUCAUCGUCAUCUUGGUCUAGUAGCUGCUCCUCCUAAAUUUAACAAGCGUACAUCAAACCCAAAACAUCUUCUACAGCAACAUCCACCCCAUAUCGAUGAAAAAAAUCGACAAUCAGAUAAUAUCAACAAAUCAUCAUCAACUUCUGAUAACUCGGCAUCAUCAUCUGUUUUAACUACUAGAAAAUUUUCAUCCAAAAAAAUCAAAAAACGACGCAAAUUUUCAAAAACAAACUUUUCAUCUAAAUCAUCAUCAUCAAUUAUACAAUCUCAUGAUCGACAGGAUGAUGACUUUUCCAAGGAUAAUUCAUCAAAACAUCAAAUUCAAUUCACAUCCCCUCCAUAUGAUUUUCGACCUUCUACGCUCUCUUCAGUGACAACAAGUCGUAGUGGACAAUAUGACAAAGGAAAAUCAUCAUCCUUUACAAUAACAGAAAAACAAAUGGACUCAUCAGCAGAGGGUGAUGAUGAUGAUGAUCAGAACAAUUAUAAUGAUCAUGAUGUGAAGGAUGAUGGAAGUAUACAAGGAAACUUAUAUGAUGAUCAUUCAGCACGCACGGACUUGUUUCAUUCUAUGGAUUUUAUGGCACCGACAACAACCACAACCACGACAACAACAACAGCAACAACAACAUCAUCAUCAUCAUCAUCAUCACUUUGGUACCCACAACGACAUUUUCAAACUAAUCCUUCACCAUCCUCAGCCACUUUAUCAUCACCGCCCUUGUUUUAUCCACAACAUCACCAACAACAGGCAUCACCCCUUUAUCCAUCAGACCAUUCUUCACAACAAAAAGAUGUGACAGCAUGCUGGGGUUUAUACGGUUAUGGAGAUCAUCAACAUCAUCAACAACAUCAACAUGAUUUUGAUAUAUAUACUCAACCAUAUCCACCCAAUGAAAGAUCGCAAGGAGAACCUUUAUUAAUGAAAUCUCUUGAAACGGAUUAUAACACACUUCGAUCAACCACUAUACUUCCAUCAUCUUCAUCUCCCACUUAUCAACCACCAUUGCAACCCUAUUAUGCAAAUAACCAUGCCUUGUCGUUUUUGUUACCCUCCUCAAACUCCCUUUCCAAUAUACCACCUCUACCAUCCUCAUCUUCUUCUUCUUCAAAUGAUACCGAUGCUACCAUGGAAUUGAUCACCUCACCUCUACCACCAUCCACAGCUGCUUCUCGUCGCUCUAGCAAAGGUUCUAUUUUGACUAGAUAG